CGGAGCCCUCGCAGCCGGCGGGAGGAGCGGGGAUGGAGCCGGGCCAGGAUUUCCCAUUCCUAACCCCUGGCAGGCUGUCAGGAAGAGGAAGAUGACCAGGGACACUAAGGCAGAGCAGGAGCUGAGCAUGGAGAGCAGGGAGGACAAAUGCCCGCGGCAGAACCUGGUGGCAGAGGCUGUUUUGAGCGGCUCCAUGGCGCAGGAAGCCAACGGGGAGGAAAAGCCCUGGAGAUGCCGCACGAAGAGGGGCUGCAAACGCAGCUGGUGGGGAUCUGAGGGGGAAAGAGCCAGCCCGGGCCGGGAAGGCGACCGGAGAUGGAGCCAGAGCUCAGAGCUGGUGCUCCAUGAGCAGCUCCAUGAUGGGGAGAAGCCCCACACGUGCGUGGAGUGUGGGAAGAGCUUCAGGUGGAACUGCCACCCGAUCGUGUGCCAGAGGACACACACUGGAGAGAAGGCCUAUGAAUGUGAUAAAUGCAGGAAGAGGUUUCAGACCAGCUCUGAUCUCCUCAAGCACCAGCGCACACACACAGAGGAGAGGCCCUUGCGCUGCCCUGACUGCGGGCAGGGCUUCAGUCACAACUCCAGUCUCGUCAGGCACCGAUGCAUCCACACUGGGGAGAGACCCCAUGAGUGUGAGGAAUGUGGGAAGAGCUUCAGCCGGAGCUCGCACUUGAUCAGGCACCAGAGGACCCACACUGGCGAACGGCCCUACGAAUGUGGGGAGUGUGGGAAGAGCUUCAGGGACAGCUCCAACCUGGUCCAGCACCAGCACAUCCACACUGGGGAACGGCCCUACGAAUGUGGGGAAUGUGGGAAGAGCUUCAGCCAGAGCUCCCACCUGAUCCGCCACCAAAAGGUCCACACUGGCGAACAGCCCUACGAGUGUGAUAAAUGCAGGAAGAGGUUUCAGACCAGCUCCCAUCUCCUCCGGCACUAUCGGAUUCACUCAGAGGAGAGGCCCUUCCAAUGCCCUGACUGCGGGAAGGGAUUCAAGCACAACUCUACCCUCGUCACCCACCGGCGCAUCCACACUGGAGAAAGGCCCUAUGAGUGUCCCCAGUGUGGGAAGAGCUUCUCCAGCAGCUCUGACUUGACCCGACACCAACGGAGGCACCACUAAGGGAAGCCCUGUGUGUGCCUCAAGUGCAGGAAGAGCUUCGUGUGCUGCUCCAGCUCCAUCCCCCACUGGAGGAGGCACUUUGGGCACAGCCCUGGUCACUCACAUUCCCUGUGAUCCAUCUUGGGAACACACCUGGCUGCUUCUCCUUUUGGUUUGACCUUAAUUUUCUUCUGCUUCAUCUUCAUCCCUCAAAACCAGCCAAACCUGCGUUAAAUGAAAGAAAUUUAUCAAAGAUGUGUAAAGUUCCACAAUUUCAGAGGUUUUUAAAGGGGAAUUGAUGGUUAGGAGACAAUAUUCUGGAGGAUUUGUGUGGUCCCAGUUCCAAAAUGCUCCUGGUGCCAGUCCCAGUGUCAGGCUUGGUCCCAAUCUUGGUCCCAGUGCCAGUUCUUGUACUGGUGCUGGUCUGGGUCUCGGUCCUAGUCCUGGUGCCGGUCCUGUAGUGCUUUCAAUCCCAGUUCCAGUGUUGGUCUCAGUCUUGCUGCUGGUGCCCAUUCUGCUGCUGGGUUUGGUCUCAGUCCUGGAGAAUUUAGGUCCAUUUGGGUGAUUUUAGGCCAAAGUGGGAAGGUUUAGGGUGGGCUUCAGAUCCCUUGGAGUGAUUUCAAGCCUUUUAGGAUGGAUCUUGGGCCCUUUCGGCUGAUUUUAGGCCAAAUCUGUUGGGUUUGAGGGUGGAUUUUAGAUCUCUUUGAAUGUUAUAAGCCCAGUUGAGUGGGGUUUGGGCCUGUUUGAGUGAUUUUAGGAUAAACUGGGCAGGUUUAAGAUGGAUUUUAGAUGCCUUUGGCUGAUUUUAGGCCUCUUUGGGUAAUUUUACGUUGAACCAAGCCUUUUAACGGUGAUUUUAGGUCCCUUUGUUUUAUAGAUGGCUAAUGAUAUGAUUGGCUCUCACAAUUAAGGGAUGAAUGCUGCGUGAAUAUUAAGAGAAGCUUUACUGAUGUAUGAUUAUGUUAUUGCAGUCUGUUGUUUAGAUGUCCUCUGUUCUCCCCACAGUCCCCUUUCCCCUCCAUUGUUACCAUCAGACAGCCUGAGCCAUCCAGGACAGGUGGAAAGAAGGUGUCCUGGUUGAGGGCAAAUUUGGUAGAGAAUUUCCAAAGGACGGCCCCUCCAGAAAACAAACUCACACAGCCCCUCUUCCUAACCGGUUUGGUAAGAAUCCCUCAGAGAGAAGUGGAAAGAACCUGUUUAUUGAACAGGCACAGCAACCCCAGCACACAAAAUGAACAAUACCGGGUGACACCACUCUGAAAAAGAUGACAAAUUCAGAAAGUCUCUCUUGGGGGUGAUCAUUCUGUUCUCAGUCCCUCCGGCACUGGGGCAUCUGCUGCAGACCAUAAGGUGCAAACUCUCGGUGUUCCCAGAUCCCAGUCUGGAGCAGGUUUAAGGAAGUCCAAAAAAAAAGAAAGGAGAAACAGUCCAGGAAGAAAUUUGGACUGCUUAGCUAAACUAACUAAUGAGCAGAAGCAAAAGCAAAGCAGGAACGAGAGCAGAACAAAAAGCCAAGUAAAAAGCAAAAGCAGCACUGUGUUCUGCCCGGUCUCUGUGUCCCGCCAGCCAUGGGAGAGUGGCUGAUAAGAAACAAAAACAAAACUUUCACUCUUCAGAGCCAGUCUCAGAGGCACAGAACAUAACAUCCAGCAUAAACAGAACGCAUGAAUGGGGGUACAAGCACCAUAACAUCACCCUAGGACAAGCUGUCAGCUCCAGCUGCAGGCAGGCCUGAAGACCCUUUGGUUUUGGUUAGAGUGCAUUAUAUGCUUUUCUUUGCUGAACAUCUUAAUACAGUAGAACCAAUCUAUACCCUUACUUUUACCCAUAGCCUAUCAAACUCCUAUAAUUACCAUAAUCAUGUUUCUAUUCUCCAAUCACUAAAAGUCAGUGCAUUACAGUUUAAGCUAGAAGUUGUUCUUCAGUUUUCUUGCAGUGGAAAAUUCUUUUUUCUACUUGCAACUUUGCUGACUUGUUUGCCUGUGCUAUCUUCCUGCUUGGUAAAAACAUCUUCUGUUUGGGGUGGGUUAUCCUUUGCUCUAAGCCAUAAAAACCCCUUGUAAGUAACACACCCUUUGCCUUCUUAGUUAUCCAGUAAGACUGGCUCAGCAAUUAUUUUCUUCUGUAUCAAAACUUGCUUCCAUCUCUAUUCCUUCAUCAGACUCCACAUUUAAAAAUCGUUCUGCCAAGCAUACAUAUCUGUGAGACUUUCUUGUCAAACUUUCAUCCUUCCCAACAUCUCCCCCAUUCUGAUGAACAAAAAAGAUGCUGGAAACUGUCUUAUUUAUCAUUCUCUGCACACAUUGAAGUGCAUAGGGUACCACUACCAUAAUUGCAAUUAUCACCACUAACACAAUCAAGCCUAACUUACAAAGUUCCUUCAGCCAAGGUCCAAAGCUCCAACCAUCAAACAAACUGUCUAACCAAGAUGGAUUAUCUGUUGUAAUUUGGUCAGCUAAGUCUUUUAAGUUUUGAAGCUGUUUAUGAAUUGAAGCAGAAUGAUCAGAAAAAUUCAUACAACACAAUCCUUCAAAAUCUUCAUAGCCAUGCCCAUGUGCUAGUAAAAGAAAGUCAAUAGCAGCUCUAUUUUGUAAAGUGGCAUGUCUGUUUUCCUCCUCAUCUGUCAGCAAAUCACUAAUUAUGCUAGAGGUGGCAUUUACUUCUUUACUGAGCCUAAUUUGUUUAACUGUUUCAAUGCAAUUGCAAAACUUAACUGAGGCAAAAUAAAUGCUUGUAACAAUUGAUUUUCCAGA